AUGGUGGACCCGUUCUCGAUGUACAUAACCCAAGCGGAUCUCCCGCCGCCGUACGUCGUGCCGCGGAGGAAGAAGCGUUUGAAGCAACUGCAAUUGCAACUGGAGAAGGCGGCCGUGAGCGUGAGCGAGACGGAGCGAUCGCUGGUGGAGCAGGAGUGGUUCCACGGCGUGCUGCCGCGCGAGGAGGUGGUGCGGCUGCUGAGGGCGGACGGGGACUACCUGGUGCGGGAGACCACGCGCAACCACGCGCGCCAGCUGGUGCUGUCCGUCUGCUGGGGCCAGCACAAGCACUUCAUCGUGCAGACCACGCCGGAGGGCCACUAUCGCUUCGAGGGCGCUGCAUUCCCGUCCGUGGCGGAGCUGAUUGCGUGGCAGCGCAGCAGCGGGGUGCCGGUGACGGCGCGCUCGGGCGCCCUGCUCCGCCGCGCGGUGCCACGCGAGACCUGGGAGCUCAACAACGACCACGUGCAGUUGCUGGACAAGAUCGGACGGGGCAACUUCGGGGACGUGUACAAGGCGCGGCUGAAGACCACCGGCCAGGAGGUGGCGGUGAAGACGUGCCGCGUCGCGCUGCCCGACGAGCAGAAGCGGACCUUCCUGCAAGAGGGCCGCAUACUGAAGCAGUACCAGCACCCGAACAUUGUGCGCCUGAUCGGCAUAGCGGUGCAGAAGCAGCCCAUCAUGAUCGUCAUGGAGCUCGUGCCAGGCGGGUCGCUGCUGACGUUCCUGCGCACGCGCGCGUCCUCGCUGGGCGCGCGGCCGCUGCUGGCAAUGUGCCGCGACGCGGCGGGCGGCAUGCGCUACCUCGAGUCGAAGAACUGCAUCCACCGCGACCUCGCGGCGCGCAACUGCCUCGUGGCGGACGACCACACCGUCAAGAUAUCCGACUUCGGCAUGUCGCGCGAGGAGGAGGAGUACAUCGUCUCCGGCGGCAUGAAGCAGAUCCCGAUCAAGUGGACCGCGCCGGAGGCGCUCAACUUCGGCAAGUACACGUCGUUGUGCGACGUGUGGAGUUACGGCGUGCUGAUGUGGGAGAUAUUCUCCAAAGGCGACACCCCUUACGCGGGCAUGAGCAACUCUAGGGCAAGGGAGAAAAUCGAUGCUGGAUACCGCAUGCCAGCGCCGGAAGGCUGUUCCGAAGACGUAUAUAAUCUAAUGUUACGUUGUUGGGAAUACGAACCGGACAAACGACCGCAUUUCCAUCAAAUAUACACAAUCAUCGAUAACAUAUACAAUAGA